AUGCUAGCUUCCGAUUUGCUACUCUUGGUGGCAUGUUUGUUAGUGGAGUUUUGUGCCAGCCAAUAUUUUGGUUGUGGCCAACGUGCAAAUCGGGUGAAACGAGUAAUCGGCGGGAGCCCGAGCAAAAUCACGGACUGGCCAUGGGUUGCGACAAUAUUGGCUGAUGGCAAAGGUGACUUUAGUUCUAAGGGGACUUGGAAGCCUUCUCACAUGUAUAAGAUUAAAAUACAGAGAAUUUUAGCCCACUGCACCGGAAGCUUGAUUUCUCCGUACCACGUUUUAUCUGCCGCGCAUUGCUUUACCAACACUUCGAGACGGUAAUCCGCAUACUUCAGCCAUUAUUUCCUUUUAGAUACCACGUUCGACUGGGCUCAGAAAAUUCAGAAAAUGGCGGAGAGAUCUACAAAGUGAUGUGGAUCAGACAACAUCAUGAUUUCUAUCAAAAUUCGGUGAUAAUUGGCAAAGACAUAGCAGUCCUCACACUUCGUAAAAAAGUGAAAUUUGGACCGAAAGUCUAUCCAAUUUGUCUCUCAAACCGCGACAGAGCUAGCAGUCAUGAGUUAGUAACUGUGGCUGGAUUCGGAAGUACAGAAAAUGGUCGAAACGAUGUUCUAAAUGAAGUUAAAGUCGCUCUGAAUGACGUUAAAAAGUGUGAACGGUGAGACAACCUUAUGAAUUGCAGUCGGUUCGUAUACCCAGCAAAAUUCGUACUAUCGGUGUGUCGGGAAAAUAAUGUGCCUUGUCGCGUCUUGAAACCGACAAGCACCGCCUAGCGACAGCUAGACAUCCCUCCGACCAAUCCGCAUUAUUUUCCCGACAUAAGGGUAGGUGGGCUUCAAGUAUUUUCAGUGCCAUCAAGAUAUCCAAUUAUCGUUUGACGUUCAACCGCAGGGAAUUUUAUUGUGGCGGAAUGAAGGAUCAUGGAGUGUCAAAGGUAAACGGACAGUUAACUAUUGAAUGAACCGUUGUUUGCGAUUGGAAAAAAUGUCAUUUAGGGAGACAGCGGAGCUCCAUUGGUUGUCGAAGAGUCCGACAUUUUCUACCAAGUGGGUAUUGUCAGCAUACGCACCAGUUCGAAAUACGCAACGCAAAAGGACAAGUAUCCAGAUGGUUAUUUGCGCGUUGACCAAUUUUGCGAUUGGAUUGAAUACAAUACGAAAGGUUAUGUUGCUUGUAUGUAA